AUGGCAGACUACACGGUUCCCAGAAAGAAGUGGUACCACAUUCAGUGGUACUCGGACGAAGAUUCUGAAGAAGAGCGCAAGUUCAUCAUCAAGCUGGACCUCAUCGUCGUCCCCUACGCUGUCCUGGCUUACUGGGUCAAGUACAUUGAGACAGACAAUGCCUACGUCGGAGGCAUGAAGGAAGAGCUCGGCUUCGAGGGCAACGAGCUUGUCGAGCUGCAGACCAUGUAUACAGUCGGCGCUGUUGUUGGCAUGGUCCCGUUUAUGUUUUUGUUCACGUACAUCCCGAUGUACUGGACAAUCCCCGCCAUGGAUAUCCUCUGGGGUCUCUUUACCCUCCUGCAGUACCGCGCCAACUCAUUCGGAGAGUUGGCGGCCUACCGCUUUAUGGUCGGCUUCUUCGAGGUAACGCGCCACUCGGGUGCUAUGAGUUUUCCAAGAGCUUUUGUGUUGCUGACGCGUUAUCCCCAGGCUGCUUUCUUCCCGGCUAUGCACUAUGUCUUUGGCUCCUGGUACCGAGGCCACGAGAUUGCGCGACGAGGCGGCAUCUUCUACACCGGUCUCAACCUCGGAACCCUCACGGCGGGCCUCAUCGCGGCAGGCGCAUCGCACCGCCUCGAGGGCGUCCACGGCAUGUCCGGCUGGCGCUGGAUGUACAUCAUCUGCGCCAUCAUCACGAUCCCCGUCGGCAUUCUCGGCUACUUCCUCCUCCCCGGCACUGUCGAGCAGCCAAAUACCUGGAUUCUCAACGAACAUGAUCUUAAAGUUGCCAAGGCUCGCCUCGAACGUGGAGGACACGUCACGCGCGGCAAGUUCAAGUUCGGGCACCUCAAGACGAUCUUCCUGAGCCCGCAGUUCUGGACCGUCGUGCUCGUCGAUGUGCUCUUCUGGAACGCCGGCAUUCACAAGAGCACCGGCAGCUUCCUGCUGUGGAUCAAGAGUCUGGGCCGCUACAGCCCGGCGCAGGUCAACGAGAUGGGCACCAUCGCGCCGGCCCUGGGCAUUCUGUACAACCUCGUAGCGUGUUUCCUGUCCGACCUCGUCCUGGGCCCCGCAUGGGCCAUUACUUUCGCCUCGCUGUGGAACGUCACGGGCCUAAUCAUGCUCGUGGUCUGGGACGUGCCGGAAGGCGGCAAGUGGUUUGCCUUCGCGACGAUGUACUGGUCCAACGCGCUCUCGAGUGUGUUGCACGGCUGGGUCAACACCAUCCUCCGAGACUCUCCUGAGCAGCGGUCGUUUACGCUGGUCAUGAUCACCAUCAUCGCCCAGUCAUCGACGGCCUGGACGCCCUUGCUGACCUUCCCAACGGUCGAAUCCCCGAGUUAUCCAAAAGGCUUCUCGUUUUGCCUCGGUUGUGCAUUGGCACUCAUCGUUGCAACCCACGUCCUCAACGUUUACAUCAAGCGCAAGGAGGCAGCGAAGCUUGCAAAUCUGGAGAACGGUAGCGAUCACGACCAGAGUUACACUUACAACAACUCCCCCGAGGUUGGAGCUGCUGGCAAGACUGCCGAUGCCAAUGUUGCGCCAGCAACCAACACCUCGGAGGAGUCCAUCGCGCGUCGUUAA